AGCCGUCCCCACCAACAAGAAACGCCCUCCAGUGAGGACUGCCCCGCCUCAAAGCGAUGCAGUCGGCACCAGACCCGGAGCACAUGACGCUCCUUCGAAAGGUCAACCAAUACGUCCAAGUACAGCAACAAGAGUAUGCUGCCCUCUCCUUCGAGGCGCAGCGGCAGCGAGGGCCAUGCACGCUCGAACACCUUCUACACGAAGUGAUGCUUUACCUUUCGGAAGAGCUGAACGCCGACGCGGAAGCCGCGCAUGCGUCCUCUACCUCCCUUCCAUUUGCCAUACGCGACGUACCCGCUCUGGCCAACGUGGCCGCCUUGCAGCUGCGUCUUACUUCCACUGUGAUGUCCGCCAUCAGCACGCAUCCCAUAAUCACGCUCUUCGACCUGGAGGAGUGGGUGUGUGCGAUGGAGGGCGUCGACCACUUCGUCGAGCUGGGCCUCGGUGUCGGCCUGCAGGUGUUGCCAGUCGUGCAGCAGUACUUCCAGCUUCGCGCGAACUCCCUCGUUUUCGCGGUGCGCGCGCGGGACAUCGUGGGCUUUCUCAUGAACGACCCCGACGCACGCGAGGUGCUCCUGUACGGCGGUGGCGAUGCGCGAGACUUGCUAAAUCGAUUUUCACACUUCUACGAGCGGACGGUCCUCGCAACGGAGCCGAACGCAGGCGGCAGCUCGUCGAAAUCGUCCGCAUCAGCACCACCAUCGUCGUCAUCGUCUUCUCCCCCGCGUCUGCCUAGUGCGGAUGCACAUCAGCGGUGUCGUGCGGGCAGGCGUGUGCACAACGUGCGUCAGCUCGGCGUACACAUUCAGGACUACGCGUCGUUUCUCGCGACUCUCGCGCAGGAUGUCGCACACGGCAGCGGUGCCGCACGGCACCCCGCUCCGCCCUCCUCCGCCGCCGCGGCACGCGCUCAACGCCACGAGCAGAACGGCCCACUGUACACGCGCAUCAUCGAGGCGUUUGAUGCGGCCUGCGCGGAGAGGGAGCUCGUGGCAGCGCUGCGGCACACCCGCGAGGCAACAGCGCUCGCCGCCGCUUCUCACGUGAAGGGAAUUACGAAGGAGGACGACGCGGCAGUGCCUUCGAAUGGCCGCCCGUCGUCCCCCGCCACCGCUGCGGCGCGGGGGUGGAACUUCACGGUGUCGACGUCGGAAAGCGAAGCCCGCCGGUACGCGGUGCCGCUCGCCCUGUGGAGAAACACAGCACUGGCGGAUCAGCCGAAAGGUGGCGUUGAGCUUCGUUUUCACGUUGGUGCUGACGUUGUUGAUGGCGACGGCAACAAGAAGUUAUGUAGCAGUGUCGCCGUCCACACAGGAGACACCGCGAGGGCGGCGAGAGAGGCCGUUGGCUCCACCGUCGGGACGACAUCGUCCGCCAAAGAGUCCACGGCGGACGAAGAAAACGCCCGCACAGCCGUGACACCGCUCCUCCGUGCUGCUCCACCGCCGCCGCCUCGUCGUCGUCGCGGCGCUGUUGUAUCGGACGUCGCGUCGUGUGUGCCCGUUGGUGCGUCUUGUACCUCGACCUCCCCUGUGACUGCGUUGACGCAGGAUGCGACGCAGCCCACUGCGACGUCGGCCGCCAGUGGCGACCUGCUCUCCUCCUUAUUAAGACCGGCUGGAUCUCUCGGAUUGGCGGUGGCCGCGGUGGUGGUGGCCGCCGCAGCGACGCCGAAAGCGGCAUCAACGAAUUCCAUGGAGUCUACCGUUGCAGGGGAUCCUGAAGUGGAACUGCUCGAGCAAGGCAGAAACAUCAGCGAAGAUGCUCCGUGCGAGCCGACUCCUCUGGAGAGGCUGCUCGCCUACGUUAAAGGUAACGAUGACAGCAACCUCAGCAGUUCUAGCGGUCUUCCUUCUGCCCGCACCACCGCCCAGGCAUUCGACGAGCGCCUUAUCGAAGGAGCGCUGCUGCUCGAGGGCCUGACUGCCGGUGACACCGUUUCUGUAGCGCUGCUUUGCGAGGUGUGGAGAAGCAUGCACCACGCUUUUGUGAAACGAAGGACGCUGCCGCCGUCGGCGUCGCCGCACCCCCCACAGGAGCCGCCGCUGUCUUCUUCCUUUUACAGCCAGUGGAAGCACCGCCACUUCAUUCCGCUGCUCUCGCCAUCCGCUAGUGGUCCGCACGGGGAAGGCGUACCGAGCACCUUGAGUCGUCUUGCCGCACUGCGGCAACAGCUAAGUACGAACAAGGGAGGUAGUUCUGCGGGUGCGCCGGGAAGCACGUCGCAUCCGUUGUCAAUCAACUGUGAUGUCAGAGAGGUCAUGUACAUGGCCUCGCCCGCGGAGGUGUGCUGGAGCACGUGGCUGACAUCGUCGUCGUCGUCGCCUCUUUCCCCAUCACGUUCUCUCCUGUCCGGCGCGUGUCUCGAGCAGCACUACCCACAGGAGUUGCGUCAAAUCUUCUGCGACCUCUUCCAUAUGCGGGUGGCGCCAACUCUGGCUGCGUGGUGCACGGCGGCGCGUUGCGUGCGUCGGCGUUACUCGCCUGCCCUGCUGACGGCUGACUUUGCAGCGGCGUAUCUCGAGUCCUUUGUUUGCUGCGUGGACGCUGAUGUUGGCGCCCGCCUGUCGGAGGCUGCGGAGGACACCGAGAGUGAAAAGCCAUCCAGCUCUCCAAAAGAAGAUCCACCGUCGUUUGUGGACGCGGAGCAGGGAAAAGCGGCAGCGGCGCUGCAGGCCGCCCUGGACGCGCUCGGUGAGGCCCUCGAUUCGUCGCCCCUCCGCGCUGGCGUCUUCCCAUGCGAUCACGCCUGGCGCUGCGGGCUGGAUGGACUGCUCUUUGCCCCACCGCGGCUGUGCGGCUACAACGGCGUGCUGCUUAGCUGCGCCGACGCCGCCGCGAGCUGCAGUGCACCCCCCCUGCGCGUUUUGUGCUUCGCAACGAAGGAACCGUCGUGGGGGGUGCGGGCGGUGUUGGAGUACUUCGGCGUCCGCCCGCUGGAUGAACUCGUCGAAACCCGCGUCAGCUUUCAUUCGAUCGUUCACACGCAAGCGAGCGGGGCUUUGCAGGACACGAUUGCAGCCAUCGUGCCCUAUCUGCAGGGCUUCUGUCGGUCCCGCUUUCCGUCGUCGUACGCGAUGUCCUACCAGGUUCUGCAGCGGCGGCUUCAUCAGUUGAAGGUGGUGCUGACGGCUGCCGGUGCCGCGGCGCCACGGCAGCUUCUCCGUUUGCACUGGAAUGGGUGCGUGUACGCCUACGAGCGCGACUUGCGGUUAGAGUACGUCGCGGCGCACAACAUAAUUUUCGGCAUCGCCGAGGAUUACGCGGUGCCGAUGCUGGCGGAGGCGCUGAUGCCGCUCUUCGUGCCAUUCGCCAUGGAGAGGGAGGAGGACCGUCUGCAGCUGCGCGAUACGAUGGCCGCGCUGCUGGGCGCCGUUUCCACCUUGCAGAGCUCCUAUGAGUCGUUUGAUGUCGCGGAGACGCAGCAACGCUUCCUGUCGCAGGCGGGCGAGGUACUCGCUGCGGUGGCAGCCGCCCAUCACUUUGCACCGUACCGCUACCCUCCGUCUCCCCAACACGCAAAAGAUGGCGCUUCCGAUGAGCGGCAGCGCCAGCGAGGCACCAACGCAGAGGCGGAGCCGCCCUUCUCCCUUCCCUCACGGCCAUUUGUUCGCUACCAGUCCUACUUUCCUCCUGGCACGGACGCCGUGCGACAACCGCGGGGUUCCCAGCCAAGCGGCGCGUCGCACCUCUCGCAUCAUCCACCUCCAUCGUCGCACCGAGACGCGUUGCCCGUGCGACGGCUGACAUGCGCAGACGCGGCGGAGUUGACGACGGCACGGCACGGCCGUUCCACCGGCGGACUUCGCGGCGCGGUGCAGCAGCGCUUCGGCUCCGACGGCCGUCUGCGGGUCACCCUGGCGUUGCCCGGCAAUGGCGGCUCCACCGCUGUCAUCACAUCCGACCCGGCGUGGUCGGACUUCCCGCUCGAGCUGGAUGUGCGCCGCGUGGUGAGCGCGUGCGCCAACGAAAAGAGGCUUCGCCCGCAAACGUUCGAGGACGCUUCGGAUUCCGAGAAGGAGGCGAGCGAGACCAGCGAAGGGUCGGCCGAUGCCCAUGAUGACUUCUUAACCUUCCAAUACCACCGUCAUACGCCAAAGGCGACGAUGACGCCGUCUCGCACGGAGGCAGACACCACCGGACAGCCCCACAAGCGACGGCGUGGCGAAGCGGCAGGCAAUCGUGGUGCGGGGCAGACCAGCCUCAGCGCGGAUUGGUGGCUGCAGCCGCCCGCGUCGUCUGCAGUGGCCGGCAGCGCAGGGGAGACGCCGGGCUACGCCGUGGCGGCGGAGCGCUACGUAUACGAGCUCCUCUGUGCCGAGCACGCGGAGUCGAUGCGGCAGCACGGGCUGCGUGUGAUCUGGGUGAACGAGCACACCGAGACGGGAUCACCCUUUGACAUCCUGAUCGUGCGUCCCCGAUCGCUUGCUGCGCGCGCGAGCGGCGACGGUGGAGGUGGUCCGCGCGGACUGACUUCCGGCAACGCCGCCGGCUGGGAUGUGGUCAGCUUCGUCGAAGUGAAGUCAACAUGCACACCGAGCCGGCGGGAGUUUGAGCUCUCCCUGUCGGAGCUUCUGUUCGCCGCUCGCUUUGGUUCGGCCUUCAAGGUUUAUCGCGUGUUUGGCGCCUCAACGGAUAAGCUGCGUCGCAUGCGCUGUGCCGUCUACGCCGAUCUCGUGCAGAUGUGGUACCGUGCGGAGCUCACCAUCACGUCCGACAUCCGUGUGACGCCGUCGAAGUAG